CUGCGCCUUUUCCUGCGCAUCUUCACUCCCGGCUGCUGGUGGAAAGGUGCGCACCAGUUCCGUCUGAUUCUCUGAUACUUCUUCUAUUUUUCUUUGGGAUGAUUUAGAGACAGUCACAGAUCAGUGGAUUAUUUAGAUUUUUAGUUCCCGCAACUUUUCCUAACUUUAUUUUGUAGCGCAGCAGAGGGGUUAAGUUUAAUGUCUCCUAUUGGUGGCGGCGGACUCAAAUAUUACACAUUACAAUUUUAUAGCUGUGUCGAUCAGACGCUCAUUUUACAUACUGUCUGCAGUAAACUGAUGGAGACCUGAACCACGUUUUCCUUUUUCUGAAGUUCUUUAACCCACCGAUAAUGGACUCCGGACAGUCACCGGGAACUUUAACGCAUGACUUUGCUUUGUUUACCAAGACAUAAGUGGGAGAAACCUGAUUUCUCUGAUGAAAUCCAGCAACUUAUCAGACAACAGCAGUGCUAUGUGGAUCAGAAACCGGUCAAAGAGGCAACAUCCUGCCAAACCCAUUUUUAUUCUGCUCCUGCUGAUUUUCACACCCAGAGUGGAUUCAUCUUGGUGGUACAUUGGAGCACUGGGUGCUCGGGUGAUCUGUGACAACAUUCCCGGCCUGGUAAACAAGCAGCGGCAGCUCUGUCAGCGGCACCCAGACCUGAUGCAGUCCAUUAGCGAGGGGGCCAAGGAGUGGAUCAAAGAGUGCCAGCACCAGUUCAGAUACCACCGCUGGAACUGCAGCACACUAGACCGAGACCAUACUGUGUUUGGCAGAGUGAUGCUGCGAAGCAGCAGAGAGGCGGCAUUUGUUUAUGCCAUUUCAUCAGCCGGAGUGGUCUACGCCAUCACCAGGGCCUGCAGUCAGGGCGAGCUUAAAAUCUGCCACUGUGAUGAUCUCAAACGUGGCAGAGAACGAGAUGACAAAGGCUACUUUGAUUGGGGGGGCUGUAGCGACAACAUCAACUUUGGCAUCAAAUUUGCCAAGGCUUUCGUGGAUGCUCGAGAGAAGAUGGUGAAGGAUGCUAGAGCACUGAUGAACCUGCACAACAAUCGAUGCGGUCGGAUGGCAGUGAAGCGCUUUAUGAAGCUGGAGUGCAAGUGUCACGGGGUCAGUGGUUCCUGUUCUCUGAGAACCUGUUGGCUGGCUAUGUCUGACUUCAGGCGAACCGGAGACUACCUUCGGAAGAAGUACAACACGGCCAUCGAAGUGACCAUGAACCAGGAUGGGACCGGCUUUAUGGUGGCAGACAAGGACUUCCAGGGAACCACCAAGAAUGAACUGGUUUAUGUGGAAAACUCCCCAGAUUACUGUAACAGGGACCGAAUGGCAGGCUCCUUGGGGACAGCUGGCCGAGUGUGCAACAAGUCUUCACGAGGCACAGAUGGCUGCGAGGUCAUGUGCUGUGGACGAGGCUACGACACCAUGCGCAUCAAGCGCGUUACCAAGUGCGAGUGCAAGUUUAGGUGGUGCUGCGCGGUGGAGUGCAAAGACUGUGAGGAAGUAGUGGAUGUUCACACCUGCAAACCGCACAAAAGGCCAGAUUGGCUGGAUAUAACUUAGAAGAUGGCCGAAAACAAAUGCAAUGGGCUCAAGAACUAUCCUAGAAAUGGUUGUGACUAUAAAAGAUUUUUUUUUUGUUGAUCUUUCUCGAUGGAAGGACAUCCUAAACCUUAAGAGGAUUGUAAACUGGAAAAGUAGCCCACUGAACUGUUUGAAAUAAGACAAUUUAUCAAACACUUAAAUAUGUGUUAUUAAAUGGUUGAAUACGUUAUUCUACUUGUAUAAUUUUGACACAAAAAAUGCUAUUUUACCGGAAGAUGGAAGAUAUCACCAUUAUAGCAGAACAACUGCAUCUAAAGUAAGAACAAAAAAAAAGAAAACAUGCUGACAUUGUCUCAUUUAUAAUGACGCUUGACUUAUUGCAUGUUUUUGACUUUUACUCCUGAUAUCUAAGUAUUUAAAAUGUGCUGUUUUCUUAAAAAAUGUCAUUGGAGACAGUGAUAGUAACUAUUUUGUCUUAAAACAAAAAAUAUAUAUAUAUACAAAGUAUUGAUUUAGCGAGACUGUGAGGAUUUCAGGAUCAUACCUUAUCAGAGCCAUAUUCAAUUAUGAGUAUGUAGGGAGAAGGCACCAUCAGUGAUUGAGCAAAGGUUUUCUUUCUGGGAAUUUUACUACAUUCUCAACUAUCAGGGAUGCUAACCACAAAACUCUCUGAUAGAACACAGGUUUUAGAAAAUUAGGAUUCCUUCUUUUUUUUAUUUUUUUUUGAAUAACAGAGAUCCCAUUUCAGAGGAUGUCUGACUAAACUAACUAGGUGUUUCUGAGGAUACCAGAGAAUGGAUUUGUCAUCAGUUACUUUUGCAGCUGAAAAGCGGAAUAAGUUAGGCUGUAGAUGAUGUGAUGUAUUGCAGCUAUCAACGUUCAUGCACUUCAAAACAAUGACAGCCUCGAAUAUUGACGUGACCCACAACAAUGUGAAGCUAGAGCUCGGAUUAAGUAAACUAAACUGAAAACUGGUCCAAGUUACAGAAACAACUUAUCAAGAACAAUUUAGCUCCCAAGCAAUUUAAAUUUACCACAUACAAAGGAAAUUUAUGGGGACACUACUGAUUUAAUGUAGGUAUGCAUGUAAAUAAAAAAAGAAGCAUAAUAUUUGUAUCCAUCAAAUCAUUGUCUUAUGUGAGACGUUGCUUCCAGAGGUAACCACAGAUCAAAAAGGAGCAUUUCCAUGUCUACACUCUCCAGCUUUUGCUGUGGGACCACAAUUUAUUCCUGGGACACAUGGAUCAUAUUUGUUAUUUCCUGCAAUUUCUGGGUCUGCCAUGUGGUUUCCUUCCAGGUGGACCCCACUUUGACUUAAAACAUACAAAGAAAGGUGCCCUUGAGACAUUAGAAUCACUUACCUGAGCUGAAUCUGUUCAAAGGGGAGAAUCAGCAGCUCUGCACCAAGCUCCUUCCAGACAACAGAGCUCCUCACCCUAUAAUGAGGUUUAUCCCAAUAGUUCUAUGGAGGGUGCUCAUUUCAGACCAAUUUACCAGAGAUGCAGAAGAUGACUCUUGGCGAACCUUGCCUGAAUUUCUUAGACGGGUCUCCUGUCUUAGUCUGCUGUGAAAGCUCUCCUGCAGGCACCUGGUAGCUUUGACUUCUGGAGCUCACCUUGGCUUACAGUAGCCUGAAAAAGCAACUUAUGUCUCUUCAAUUCGGGAUCCAGAACCCUGGGAGGGAGAUUGCAAUUGGAUAAAACAGAUGCUUGGAAGCAGGAAAACCGAUUUGGCCUUUGGGUACUAAUUGUCGGAAUCAUAACUUUAUUCUAGGGCCAAUCAUGCAAAUAAUAAUAAUAAAAAAAAAAUCCUGUUGUAAAUAGUAGACUAGAGCCACAAAUAUGAUGAGAAUGUCUCCAAAAUGCCAAGUUGGUUUUAUGAUUUUUAAACAAAAAAAAAGAGAAAUGACUGAACUGCUAAUACAUGUUACUGUUUAGCCAUGUAAACAAGUUAUUUUGAUUGUUUACCUUCACUUUUUAGAUAUUGUAUCAGUUCUGUGGCCCAUUUCAGUCAAGCUUGGAUUUGGUUAAACUAAAAAGGGACAAAUGAAAAAUGUUAUGCUUCAAGCUAACUUUGGAUUGCUCCUUGAAAUAUAUUUGUACAGUGUAAUGUAUAUUUAACUAAAUCUCCCUUAGAAUACUUUUCAGUUUUUGCGUCAUGUGAAAAUGUGUCUACCUCUGGUUGAUUGUGUUUGUAUGUGUUACUGAACUCCGGGGAGCCAUGCCGACAUAAAUCGAGCUACUGAGCCAUUUCAGGAGAAUUUCUGAUGCAAAAUGCCAAGAAUGAUGUAUUUUAGUGGUUGAACACCCAGUGCACCAUGAAUGUACACACACAAAAAAAUGCAAGAGACUGCAAAUUCAAUCUGGAAACAAUUUUUGAGACAAUUAGACUGGUGAUUGGGAAUUCUGUUACAUCAUGUUGUUAGAUCAAAACCAACCUGUUUAUUUUCUCACUGCAUAGCCUUUAGGAAUUUCUUUCAUUCUUAAAAAAAACACAUAAGGUUGACAAAAACAUCCAUACCCUUUGAACUGUUUUGUAUUAUGCUGUUUUACUACUCCCCUCUUAACGGCAUCUUGAUUUUAACUGAAGUCAAAAACUUUAAACAUAGUAAUAAGGAAUUAAAAGGAAACUUUAUGCUUAUUUUUUUAUUCUUCACCAAUAAAUAAUAAAAAUCGUUGUCUGCA